UCAUAUUGUUGCUUUUUUUAUCAUAUACUAUUUUAUGUCAAAAUUUAGUUUCAAGGUUGUUUUAAUCCUUCACUUUCUUAAUUGAAAGUAUUACAACAAUGGGAAGGAAGAGAAAAUUAAAUAUCGGGAGCCGCAUAUUAAAAGAAUCAAACCAAGGAAGUAAUGUUACUCCUACAACCUCAACUCAGGCCCAAGGAAGUAACACUGAAGAAACAAAUACUGCCUCAAAUCAAGCCCAAGGAAGUAAUGUUGAAGAAACUCAUACAACCUCAUCUCAUGCCCAAGGAAAUAAUGUUGAAGAAAUUCAAAGAACCUCAACUCAUGCCCAAGGAAGUAGUGCUGAAGAAAUUCGCUCCAACCCUAGUCAUAUGGAAGAUGAAACACACGAGUCUGAAGAUUCCUACUCCAUUCCUUCUGAUAUAGAAGCAGAAGAAGCUCAUAUUGACAAAGAGGUUAAACCUAACAAAUUAAGAGGCCUGACAAGAAUGUUAGAUGUAUGGGACAUGGACUCUGGUGAUUUCAUAAUUGUUAAUCUGGAUAAGUAUGGUCGACCCAUUGGUGAGGAAGGGACUACUCUUACUCGUUUCAUAGGAAGUAUGGUUCGAAGGAAUCAGUAUGCUUCCAUUGAAUACAUAUCUUGGAAAAAAAUGCCUGAUGAGGAAAAAGAAGAGAUGUUGAAAUCUAUAGAGUCCCAAUUUGAAUUUGUUCCUCCUAUAAAUGACACGACAAGGGAAAUGUUGAAAUCUGAGAUGAACGAGAAAUGGAGACAAUGGAAGAGCGAUUUAAAAUCAAAGGCAUAUGGCCCAAGUAAAACGGAAGAAGAAAUUGCAUCUGUUGUACCAGAUAGUAGGGUUGAUCCAAAUCAAUGUAGACAUUUGGUUCAUCAUUGGUUUUCUCAAGAUGGACAAAAAAUAAGUAAAAUCAAUGCACAAAACCGUGCUAAGUUUGAAGAUGUUCAUUGUAUGGGUACAAAAAGUCUCCCAAAAUUGAUAGAUGAAAAGAAAAAAAAUGGCAAUGGAGUAUCACCCAAACGUAAAGAGAUUUACAUUGAUACCCGUACCCGUAAAGAUGGUUCAAUUGUCAAUGAAAAAGCUGCAAGAUUGAUUGAAGAAAUAAAAAACAUGAUAGUGAGGCUGCAACAUCUCAAUUGGUCCAAGAGAAUCAAAGUCAUAUGCCCUGGAAGGAUGAUAUAUACUCUAAAGUAAAAGGUCCUGAAAAGAAAGGUCGUGUGCGUUGUAUGGGCAAGAUUCCCAAACCCAAAAAAUUAAAAGCCGCUUUGUCUGAAAAUCAAGAGUUACGUGAUAAAGUUAAGCAAAUGGAAGAAAAACAGAAGCAAAUGGAAGAAAAACAAGAGAGUACAAGUGUGAUGUUGGCAAACAUGCUGUCAUUGAUUCAAAAUUGAUUUACGGGAGAAGAUGUGAAUGACAUUUUACGAGCUGCUAGACAGAUAUAUUUUAUUUUACUCUUUGAGUUUAUAGUUAGGGUUUGUUUGGUUGUGAGACUAGCUAAUAAUAUGUAUAAUCGGCCAAACCAACUAUGUAGAUAGAUACUUUUAAUAUUAAAUUUCAGCACCAUGCAAUUCAUUCCAAAAGCUUCAUAGAAUAAGAUGAAUUUUAGAAGCUACAGGAAACAAUUAACUUGAAAUUCUAAGUGAAUAAGCUACAUGUUGUUUUAAGAAUUAUAUGAUACAUAACAAAUUAAGUACCAUCAACUAUGUAGAUAGUUAAUUAAUUAAUAUCUUUUAGAAUUAUUUGAUAUUUUGAUUAUGUUACUAAUUAAUUGUUCUAUGACAUUUGUUUUAAAAUGAAUGUUUUUCCAUGUUUUAUUUAUGAAUUAAAUUGAGUUUGUAAUUUGUUUUUUUUAUAUAUUUUCUAUAGGUUACAGAAGCUUCUAGUUCUCCCGGUCAAACAGGUUCACCAAGUCCAUACACUAACGAAGAUCAAAGAGGGAAAAAUUAGAAGCUUAUUUUGUCUUUGACAAGUCUUUUGUCAUGUACUGUGUUUUUUGUUGUUCUAUUUGAUUGAUUUUGGAAGCUGCUACUUUCUAGUUGAAUUUGGUUGCAAGCCACAAUAGUUUAUUGCUUGGAAGAGAUGUCAUGAACAUGUUUAUUUUGGUGGUUGUUAGUUUUUAGAUUUGUAGUUUUAUGACAGAUUAGAAGCAAAUUGUGAAUGUCAUAUUGUUUUCAAAUUUGUAUCAUUUUUGUUAUGCUAAGUUAU